GUGAUCGAUUUGAAUUUGAUGUGAGCGAUUUGUAUUUGAGGCGAGUGAUUUCAAUUUAAUAUACCCUUAUUAUAGAACCAUAAUAACCUUCAAAGUGUGUGACAAGUAUAACAGCCAUGAAGCACAAUCCUGCUAUUUUGAUCCUUGUUCAAGUCAUGGCAAUAUGUCUACAAACAAAGCGUGUGACUGAAGCUGCAGUGGUCAACAAUUGUACCAUUCGUGUCCAUUCCACUGCAUCCUGUGACAAAAUCACCUACGAACAAGUCUAUGACAUCUUGACAAAGUCAGAAAACAGUUUCAACAUUGAGUCAGCUCUGUAUCCACCCAAGAGGCCCUCUUCAGUUCGUGUGUUUGUAAAUGUCUAUGGCCCUACUGAAACGCAACUUUCGACUCCAGCCGCCAAGUACACCUGGAGCAUAUCUAGCCUUUAUGCUGCUAUUCCUGCGACAGUCCUUGAAUUUUGGUCUUUAGGGGCAAUCCAGGUGACCAGGCGUACUCAGAAGCUUGAUAUAACAAUUUCAAUUACCUGCUGUGAUGUGAGGAAAGGGAUAUUAAAGAAGCACAUCGAGGAUGCUCUAGCUGCUCUUGAAGAUUUGGCCGUUAAACCAACUUUAAGGGACCCACGACUGAAUUCUGCCGAGUGUGUUAUGGAAGAACAUCAGUCGGACGUUAUGGCAACGGGACACAGUGCUCGGAUUGUAGUGGUGUUAGUCUGUUCCUCUAUCUUUUCAGUACUGAGUGGACCAGUUUUGGCCUUCUUUGCAUGGCAAUAUCGGGAGACCCAGAGAGAAAUUGAGCAGAAGACCAUGGAUUUUGUUUGUUUUUUUUUUUCAACUGUAUUAUUCCUUGUAAACAUAGUUAAUGUGAUAUUGGUUCUUUCGAUUGAAAAAGAAAAUUGUAUCCUGGUAAUACAACUAGCUAUUCUCUCUCUAGGUAUCGUGUUCUUUGCUGUCACAUGUUGCUACAGUCAUGGUAAAUGUUUUCAAUGUUUUAAAUGUUGUAAAUGUUUUAAAUGUAUUGGCCUCGAAUGCAACGACUUUAAGUUAUUCCUUUAUAUCGUGUUUGCAAACUUUGUAGCUUACCAUUUUUGUUGGCUUAUAGUUGGUAUCAUGCUCAAUCCGAUUUGGGGUCUUUUUGUUUUGCUUGGAAUUUGCCUUUUUGUUGGUGUCUUUUCAUACUCUGUCUAUCAGUACUAUUGUUCCACAAAUCAGUCUUCAGGCCCUGAGAAUGAAAAUGACGAUGGCAUUACUACUGAUACUAAUACUAAUCAGUCUUCAGGCCCUGGGAAUGGUAAUGGCAAUGGUAAUACUACUAAUACUAAUACUAACGAUGUUCCCGUCAUUUCGCGGUGCCAGUCUUUUUACUGGAGUUUUUCUUGCGUUUUUGCCACUCUUUGUCUUUUGAUUGUGACGGUCCUUACUGGGCAGUCGUAUAAUGAGAAGGAAACUGCCGAUCAAUUUUUAAAGGAUAUACUUGGGUAUUUAAUUCCUGUUUUUUUUGGCUGGGUUUGUUGGAAGAAUCGUAAUAUGAAAAGUGUUACAACUACCACAAGUUCCCAGCCAAAUCCUGAUGGAAAUCCAUCAACUUAUGUUCUUCUCGGACAAAUUCAAGAAGCGGACUAAAUGAAGGCAGUGAUCGAUUCAAAGUGGCGAAUACUUUGUAUUUAUUGACUGACUGAAAGGCUGAAACGAGAAAAUUGUAAGGUCCUUUCUCCAUGAAUACGUUUUUCCUUUCUGUCUGACAAAACUCAAUCUAAAAGUACUUUAUCACAUGACCACCAAGUCUUCAUGUAAAACUUGAGUUAUAUUUGAGCCUACAUUCAAAGUGUGUGCGCUGGACAACUAUGAAAAAAGUCUACAAACCAAUUUAAAGUUUUGAAACAUGAAUAUUUACGGCAUCACCCACCGCUAUCCUAAAGGAAAACGUUCUGAAAGCUGAGGUGUAUUUUGCCGGACACGUUGUUUUAAACAGGUCCGGAAAAAGCGGCCCGGCUUGCAAUCUCGGGGCUCUUUUACAUUUCCAAGAAACCGAAUCCAAGUUGUGGUCUUCAACUUAGGAUGAAAUAAUAUUGAGAAAGUAAUUCAUGUUUUUUAUGAAGUGUGCGGUCCUUUUUUCAACCUUGCGAAAUAAGGGGAAGUUUUCCCUUUUAGGAUGUUUUUUGACGGUGCCCAGGACGAGCCCUUCAUAUGUAUGUAUUUGUGCCUUUUUUUUAAUUCAAACACAAAUUCAUAACUUUGAAAACUCAGAGGUCAUGUGGGAAAAAAUUCACUAUUCUUAAGAAGAGUCUAAAAGUCGAAGAUCGUCACUUGAAGUCAGCAAACUUUCUUUUCUUUUUCCAGCCAAAUUUCGGUGAAUCAAAGCUAAUUUCGUUGCUUGAAAGAGCUACACGUUCAUUAAUUUGUUUUUCAAAUCGAGUAUUUUUAGCAUAUUCACUUUUCGCUUUGAGUUCCAAGAGGUCGAUCUCAGUCGGGAUGGAACAGAAAACGAUCUCAAACGUUUUAAAACCUCACGGCCAAACUGGUUGGGAACUGAAGUGAAACUCCGCGCUCCAUGUUCUAUUGACACGGCCUCACGUUUAUGAAAUCGAUAGCCUCCAUAUGGCGCUAAAGUAUUCUCAGAUAUUUAUCUGCGCAUAAUUAACUGUUGCCGGAUGCGAACAGUUUUCUGAAAGCAAACCUCGAGGAAAACGGUGAGCUACAACAGAAUAGAUAGUUUAGGAUGUAGCGCAGGUUUUCGAUCUUUUUCUUUGUUUAGCAGAUGUUCUUUCCAUUUGCGUUCUCUCAGUUGUGGUGAUUCGUACUCGGCACUUACUUCGUGAAAUAACUUUUUGAUAAAGAAUUUUACCAGAUGCCGGUUGAAAAGUUUAGUCACCUUUUAAGUGUAGUGCACAACUAUCAAGUUUUAUCUUAUGGUCUUAUAGUUCUCUAACAGGUUAGAAAUUUUAAAAAUUGUUUUUAUGUAGGAUAGGAUUUAUAGGAGACAGAAAUAAUAUUCCAGAAAGCAAUCGCAACUGUAGUGACUUUGCUUAAUUGGGAACAUUAUGACUGAAUCUCAUAAGAGACGAAAUGACUAUCAUCAUUCCACAUCAAUUGUCUUAAAGUGUAAGUGUACAGAGGAUUAUUGCUUACAAACCCGCUACAUGAAGAUGAAGAUAUAACGUAACAACUUAGUAUUUCUGUGGAAUAGUUUCACAAAAUUGUGUAAUCAUUACGACAUUUGUUUCGGACAGUCACUUGAUUGACGGUACUUUCUAUGUUGUUUCGUCGCUAUAUAAAUAUACUAUUAUAGGCAAUAUUACAACUGCAUUAUUUUAGUAGUAUAAUUAGGUAAAUAUUUAGACCUUCUCGAUUAGU